GGCGGGGGUCCUGGCCCGGGCGGGGACCGGGGGACCCGGCAUGGCGCUGCGGAGGGGCGGCGGGGCGCUGGGGCUGCUGCUGCUCAGCGCCGCGUGCCUCAUCCCGCCGAGCGCGCAGGUAAGGCGGUUGGCGCGCUGCCCCGCCACUUGCAGCUGUACCAAGGAGUCCAUCAUCUGCGUGGGCUCCUCCUGGGUGCCCAGGAUCGUGCCUGGCGACAUCAGCUCCCUGAGCCUAGUCAAUGGAACCUUUUUGGAAAUCAAGGACCGAAUGUUUUCCCAUCUGCCUUCUCUGCAGCUGCUAUUGCUGAAUUCUAACUCAUUCACGGUGAUCCGCGAUGAUGCCUUUGCUGGCCUUUUCCAUCUCGAAUACCUGUUCAUUGAAGGGAACAAAAUAGAAACCAUUUCAAGAAAUGCCUUUCGAGGCCUCCGUGACCUGACUCACCUUUCUUUGGCCAACAACCACAUUAAAGCACUUCCGAGGGACGUCUUCAGUGAUCUUGAUUCUCUGAUUGAACUAGACCUGCGGGGUAAUAAAUUUGAAUGUGACUGCAAGGCCAAAUGGUUGUAUCUGUGGCUGAAGAUGACAAAUUCCACUGUGUCUGAUGUGCUGUGCAUCGGGCCACCAGAAUACCAGGAGAAGAAGCUCAAUGACGUGAACAGCUUUGACUAUGAGUGUACCACCACAGAUUUCAUUGUUCAUCAGACACUGCCCUACCAGUCGGUGUCGGUAGACACGUUCAACUCCAAGAAUGACGUGUACGUGGCCAUCGCUCAGCCCAGCAUGGAGAACUGCAUGGUGUUGGAGUGGGAUCACAUAGAAAUGAACUUCCGGAGUUAUGACAACAUCACAGGCCAGUCCAUUGUGGGCUGCAAGGCCAUCCUCAUUGACGACCAGGUGUUUGUGGUGGUGGCCCAGCUCUUCGGCGGCUCUCACAUUUACAGAUACGACGAGAGCUGGACCAAGUUUGUCAAAUUCCAAGACAUAGAAGUGUCUCGAAUUUCCAAGCCCAAUGACAUCGAGCUGUUUGAGAUCGACGACGAGACCUUCUUCAUCAUUGCUGACAGCUCGAAAGCAGGCCUGUCCACGGUUUACAAGUGGAACAGCAAAGGAUUCUAUUCCUACCAGUCUCUGCAUGAGUGGUUCAGGGACACGGACGCGGAGUUUGUUGACAUCGAUGGGAAGUCACACCUCAUCCUGUCCAGCCGCUCCCAGGUCCCCAUCAUCCUGCAGUGGAACAAAAGCUCGAAGAAGUUUGUCCCCCACGGAGACAUCCCCAACAUGGAGGAUGUGCUGGCUGUGAAGAGCUUCCGAAUGCAGAACACCCUCUACCUUUCGCUCACCCGCUUCAUCGGGGACUCUCGGGUUAUGCGGUGGAACAGCAAGCAGUUCGUGGAAGUCCAGGCUCUUCCAUCCCGGGGGGCCAUGGCCUUACAACCCUUCUCCUUCAAAGAUAACCACUACCUGGCCCUGGGGAGUGACUACACUUUCUCACAGAUAUACCAGUGGGAUAAGGAGAAACAGCAGUUUAAAAAGUUUAAAGAAAUCUAUGUGCAAGCUCCCCGCUCUUUCACAGCCGUCUCCACCGACAGGAGAGAUUUCUUUUUUGCAUCCAGUUUCAAAGGGAAGACGAAGAUCUUUGAACAUAUCGUUGUUGAUUUAAGUUUGUGAAAGGUGCGAUUGGGGGGAUUUCAAAGAUAUGUAGUGUUAGCUCUCACAAGACGGAGAGGAAGGACCAAGAAGAAAUAAAAUUAAAAAAGAAAAA